UUACAUACUUAAUUCAGGGUUAGCUACGUUUUUUUUUUUUAUAAUAGGCUAUUUAUCUCACAAGACAGGUAAUAACGUCUAUAACAAUUAAUGACCUUAACGCUUACUGAUAAGAUUGUAGUUUGCUCACAAAAUUCUUUCUUAUUUCUCAUUCAUUUAUUUUCUGAGUUUGUUAGAAACCGCUUGAAAAAAUUAAAAUCUUCAAGGAAAAAAGUUAUUUAACGAAAAACGUUGUUCUUUAAUGUGAAUUAAAAAAAAAUCAUUAUGCCUCAAUGCAGUAAGGUGUGGUCCAAAUUCUCAGUGACUAGGAAAGAUGGCAGUGUUCUAAAAUUACGCAUAAUGGAUAUGCCUAGAGAUCCCGAUGUACUAGAAAGAGUACGAAAUAUCAACCUUAAGUACUUUGUACCAGAAGAAAGUAUCCUGAAGGCAGCAAGAGUGGCAGAAAGUGCAGAAGCAAUGGAAGAAAUAACUGAGUUCAUAAUAAGCGUGUUAAAUAUGGAACAUCAUCAUAUUGUUGUAUGCUGCUUAGAAGACGAUGAUGGUCAGAUCAAUGAAAUUAUUGGGUCCUCAAUUAUGGCUUUAACUAGGAAAGAUGAUCCGAAACCAGAGGGAGGAUUCAAGUCGAAAGAAUUAAUGAAAGUCGCGGAGAUAAUGGACGCUAUGAACGAAAUUUAUGAUGAAGUGAAAGUAUUCGAUUUAGACCCCUGCUUCAGUGAUAGGGGGCUUGUUGUAUGCCCUGAGUACAGGGGCCUUGGGAUUUGUCAGGAAUUACUCAGAGUCAGACGUCUAAUUUGCAAGGAACACGGCAUACCUAUCAACGGAGCCUGGAUGACGUCAUACGGUACACAGAAGGCUGCGGAGCGUGAUGGCUGGGAGACUGUCUGCGAGCUCCAGUAUGAGGACUUGGAGAAGAAGUUCAACGUUACAUACGGGAGACAUCCACCUUCCACGAAGUUUAUGAUCGCCAGAAUACUAAUUUGAAAUAAAAUAUAAUUAUAUCUAAUAUGUACUUUAAAUACCUACAUACAUGAUCCUUUUUCUUUACUACA